GCGGUGGACAGAGUCGGCGGCUGGAGAGUCCCUCCUCGAACUGCAGCGGCUGAACUACGACUCACGCUGGAAACCGAGGGGCCAGCAUGGGUUGGUCUCAGGGUUUGUUCCGCGCCUUGUACAGAAUGCUGUCGAAGGAGGUGAAGGAGCACGUAGGCACAGACCACCUUGGGAACAAAUACUACUAUAUCCCGCAGUACACGAACUGGAGAGGACAAUCUAUUCGAGAGAAAAGGAUUAUAGAAGCACCAAAGAAAAAUGAAAUAGACUAUGAAGUAGGUGAUAUCCCAGUAGAAUGGGAAGCUUGGAUGAGAAGAAAAAGAAAUACUCCACCUACCAUGGAGGAAAUACUAAAGAAUGAAAAGCACAGAGAAGAAAUGGAGAUAAAAAGCAAAAAUUUUUACAAAGAAGAAAAGUUCCUCAGUAAAGAGGCCAACGAGGGACACUUGCCUCCACCAGUGCAAAUUCAAGUUAAAGGGCACGCCUCUGCUCCAUACUUCAGAAAAGAAGAACCCUCAGCAACACCCACCAGCACUGGGAAAACCUUCCAGCCAGGGUCCUGGGUGCCACAAGAUGGCAAGAGCCACAAUCAAUGAAUUGUGCGAUGGUAAAAAUCAUUUCACUUAUACAGAUAGGACUAUUUUAACAAAUAAAAUGUUAAAAAUGAGUUAUAGUUACUGAACUUAUAAUAGCCCUGUAUUCCUAUUAAGCUUAAGAGCUCAUUUUAGUUUGCAUAAGAAACAUGAGAUUAUGAACUACAGAAGCCUAAAUUCUUUUAGACUUAAAUCCUACACUUAAUUUAGUAAUCACCAUCUCCCUCCUUGGUUUACUACCUGGAGGAAUGUCAUGGAGUUGUAAAUGCUCAGUACAUGUAGGAUCCUUUGGAUCCUUUAGGAACCACCCACAAAUACAUCUUGGUAGAAUAAGGGCAGUGAGCUCUCCCAAAUGACAUAUACAAAAUAAAUGAAAAAAUAAGAUUUUUAUUUCUGGAGAACUAUUGUUGAGAUCUCAGAGAACUAAUCAAUAUAUAUAUAAAAGCUUGGGCUGGGCAUGGUGGUGCACACCUGUAAUCCUAGCACCCAGGAGACUGAGCCAGGAAGAUCACAAGUUUGAGGCCAACCUGAACUCCAUAGUGAGACCCUGUCUCAAAACAAAACAAAACAAAACAAAACAAAAACAUUAGCUUGGAUAAAACAUGUCAAUGCAAAGAAAACUUCACUAAUAAAAGAAACUAUAAAGACCUUGAUGAUAAUAUGGGACAACAGCUAAUAUGGUAGAACUGUGGCUGAAGUUUGAAGACACAAAUUAAGAUUUAUGACACAAUCCAUCAGAAAUAUCUGAAAGGACAAUAAAGAGAGAGAAAUGGAAGAACUAGAGCGUUCCAUCAGUAUGAAAGUUUGAAGAAGAAAACAGGGAAGAGUUCUCAAAGUAGAAGGCAAUUUCACUGAUAGUUGGGACUCUGGUUUGUAUACUGAAGAAAAAUGUGGACAGAUGUCAUUGAUUGUACACAAAAGUUCUUGUAAAGAACUCAUAAGUUUCCUGGAGUACACAAGUAAGGUUUUGAUUUUAUUUUAAUAUAGUGUGUUUGGGAUACAAUAGUCUUUGACGUACAGUAGGUGUUCAGUAUUCACUAAAUGAAUAAAUAUUCACCACGUUUUUUUGCUCUGAAUAAAAUGAGGAAAUCCUUAGAUUAAGUAU